CGCACCUCCACCUCGAAUUCUUUUCUUGACUUUGACUUUCAUCUCAUCUACGAACGAACAAUAACAUCGCCCGAUAUGUAUCGCACCGCAGCAUCUUCUACUCUUCGCCCCGUCGUUGCUCGCCGUGUGGCGGUCGCGCCUGUCGUUGCACGACGCACCCUUGCCUCGACUGCCCGCCGUUCCGAUAUCACUCCCGACCCAACAAAACCCACCACCGAAACACGCACGACCCCACCACCACCCGAAUCUAAAUCUUCAAACGCACUUCUCUUCACUGGUCUCUUUGCCGCACUCGCAGGUGGUUACUACUACUACUCUACCCUCGAAAAUGACCGCCUCGAGAAGGAGAAGCAGGAGUUGUCGAAGCCUGAGUUGCAGAAGACGGUGGAGCAGGGACAAGUGAAGGCGCAGGAGGCUUUGAGUGAUGCGCAGAAGAAGUAUGAGGAGAUCAGGAGGUCGGGCGAGAGUAAGGUCGAUAGUGCGAGGGAGAAGGCAGGAAGCACGUACGAUGAUGGGAAGAGGAAGAUCGAGGAGGGAUACGAGGUCAUUGAGAAGAAGGCUGCGGAGACGAAGGAGUCCGCUGCUAAGAAAGCCGACCAAGCCAAAAGCUCCUGGUGGUCCUGGUUUGGCUGGGGUAAAGCCAAGUCUCAAGAUGCCGUCGAUGACAUCCAACGACGUGCUGGUGAGGCCGAAGAAGACUUUCGGGCUCGUGUCGAACAGGCUAAGGCCGCUGCCAUCGCCAAGGGUGACGAGCUCAAGCAGCGUGCUGGUGAGACGCACGAUGACUUUGUGAAGAGAUUCGAGUCGGCGAAGGCGAGGGCCGCUGCAAAGGGCGAGGAUAUUAAGUUGAAGGCGGGUGAGACGGAGGAUGAGUUUAGGGCGAGGAUUCACAGGGCGGCUUCGAAGCUCUGAGUCCUUUUUGUUUCGCUUUGCCAUGAUGGAUGGUUUGGUUCGUGCUCAUUGACUUGUGUGUAAAAUGCUAUGUACAUCUAUACAUUGUUUCGCAUGUUGUACGAUGCGAGUGACGUU